CACGUCCGGGUUUCCCCCCCUUCUUCUCACACCGGUCUGCAGCGAUGUAUUGUCCAGCGGUGCUAUACUCGGUACAACACCCAAGAUGCGCAUCACUUGGCCGGUUUGCGCAGGACGCUGAGAGGGUGACGGGCCGAUGCCACUGGACGCUGUGCCCGCUACAAUUGCCCCGAGCUGCCUCAUCGCGGGGUACGUAUCCACAGGCAGGGAGCACGUCUGUAACUGUGCCAAGGUGUUGAACGAAAUGACUGGGCCACUUCCAUCGUGGGUUUCUGCUUCUAGAAGGAAACUCGGGGCCAGGAGAGUUUACGCCACAUGUAGGUACGCUUUUGAAGCUUCACCACGGAAAGUCUGUAUCAGCGUCGCAGAGCAGAUAUGCCUCGAUGGCAGCAAACACCGAGUGCCGCAAGGUUCACGCCCCGAUCUGGCCAUCCAUCCAUCCCAACGGUCCAUCCCGGCUGACCUGGUGGUGGCGUCCAGCCAAGAGCGCUAGCGACCACGCUCCGAAGAUGGCGCGCGGUCCCCGCGAUAUCGAAUCCAUCGCAGCGGCCAUUCUGUUCUUGUGCUAUCCUCAUCCGCUCUCGGUGAGUCCGCCAGCACUUGCUCCAAUUGCUCCAACACCCGCCGCCUAGCUGCAUCGGGCCAUUUCUGUCGAUGCCCGACAGCUGGCCGACGAAGAAGUGCGAGUCACGAAAGAAGAUGCGCUGAGGGAUUUGGAACGAGGCGAGACGAGGCGAGACGCCGUCAUCAAUGGGUGCAUGCUGUCCUGACAUGCAUGAAGCACGCAAGGACCUACGGGGUAUCUGAUGGGGUGGCACGGUUCUUGGGAGUCCAGGCGGUAUUUGCCUCAUCUGCGCCAUGCAAGAGGAUGAAGGGAGAUGGAAGCAAAAGAAGGGAAAAAGAAAUGGAAAAAAAGAUGAAAAAAUAAAUAUAAAAAAUAAAAAGCAACACAUGGAUCGCUGCAUGGAAAAUAUCCGGACUCUCGGCAUUUCAUCUCCAUCAACGCAGCCCGCCACUGCCGGAGGACAUGCCACUACAUGUGCGCAUUGUACCACAGGCAGAAAGGCAAACAAGGCUGUCCAGGCUGUUGCACCGCACAUGCAUUGCAUCCUUCGGGAAUCCAGCGGCCAACAGCAACAGCAAAUGAUGGCGGCGCCAUCGGAUGAAGCUCAUGCACGUAUGGCGAGUGCAGUCAACAGCAGCCAAUCCUUGUCGCACAAGUCAGUCCAACCGCCAAAUGCCACACCACCAGAGCUGCGAAUAAUGGCAGCGGUGGCGAUUCAACAGAUAACGAAUCGCCAUCCAUCUUUCAAACUAUUGAUGUACCCAAUCAUGCUGUCGGUUGCUGUACACGCAAUAGAAAAGCAACAAUAGCUGCCAUCUAUAUCCCAAGCCUUCAUCCACUUUGAACGACUCCAAUGCCUCCAGCGAAUGCAUCGCCUGUCAGAUGCACUCACAGCCCGUGCCACCACACUCGCUUCUGCAAACCCUUCUUGCAGCUUAGCAUCUGAAUUACUCGCUGCCUAGAUAUUUAGCAUCCCGUCCCUACAGUUAGUCCUGUUAGCAG